AUGCACGCGUUUCGCACGCGUGACAUUACGCUGCGUGUGCCCAGCAAAGACAAGCUCCUGCGCUUCUCCUUUUGCUCUUCCCGCCAUCUCCUGGCUGAGACGAUCCGUCGGCACGACCUCCUGCGGAGCACCGGGGCGCACGUAGACUUCCUGCAGCUCCUCGGAACACAGAUCACGUUUACAAGCCUGCUCGCCUCCGCACUGGAGGGCGAGGAGCGAGUGGAAGCUCGAUUCACGGCGGAAGAGGCCACCAUCUUGACGGAGGCGCUGGCGCUGGGGGAGUGUCGGUGCUACCUGCGACCCGAGUACAAUGCGCAGCUGGCGGAAUGUGGUCUUCCGACGUUCCCGCUGCGCGUGAACCGUAUCCUGUAUCGCCAGGAGAAGCCUUUUUCGUCGGUCGUGCACGCCGAUCUGGCCGAGCUCCUUCAGCCACCGUGUGACGUCGCCUCUAGCUUCGCUGCUGCUUCCAGUGGCGCAAACGAAGCCAGUGGUGCACCGUUCUCCUUGUAUCUGCCUGACAUGGAGAGGCGGGUGCCGCUGGAGGCUUGGAAGAGCUUCUUCUCCUACAACAGCAGCCUGCACGCUUACAACUACCUGCGCCGGUCCGACGGCAGCGUCCCGGCGGUGUGGCUGCAGUCCCGGAUCGACGCGGUCAGGCUUGUGGAUCACGGAUUCUUGAACGUGGACAGCACUGCUGCAGCUGCUGCAUGGCAGCGUGGCGAGGCGUGCAGUGACGAGGACGACGAGAAGGCGCAAGAUAUCCGGCGAGCUCUUCUGCAUGCAAUCCCAUUCAGCUUUGGUGUGGUGGUGACGCCGCUGGCUGCUGGCGUUGCGGUGGACCAACGUGUGAACCAGCUGAACCGUGUAGUGAUGGAGGCCGCCGCACUGCUGAGCGCACCGUCUGGCGGCGGCGCAACGGUCACCUCGGCUCUGCAGCCGCUUCUAGAUCGAUGCGCAGAGAAGCACACCGCGUGCCAGCACAUCCUGUCUCUGGUUUCUGGUGACCACGAUGGUGCCUAUCAAGCCGCGGUGGCGGCUCGGCAGUACAACGACGAUCCGGCGCAGGUGGCUGCGGUGGUGGACCCGAUACGGCGAGCGCUGGGGGUGCAGGACUUUGUGGUCCCCCUAGCGGCAACGGAAGCGGCGCGGUCGGGGUUGGACUUUUUUUGCCGCUGCUCGAAGCAGAACGUCCUGGAGUCCCUCGUCUCCGCGCCCCCUCGUGCGCUGGAGUCGCUGAAGGGGAGCGACAACACAGUUCACUGCUCCUUUUGUGGAAGGCGGUACAAGCUCGCCGGCGCGGAGUGGCAGGAGCUGGAAAUGGCUCGAUCCGCUUCCACGCCGCCGCAGUGA